AUGAACCUGGCAAUCCACAGAGAGAUCGCCGCUUUUCUCCCUUACCCACAAGAACUGAUCUGCAAGUGGACUGACAGCAAAGGACACCACUCCAGGCAGGCUUGCUCCAGAAUAUUCAGCACCAUGUAUGAGCUAGUCCACCAUGUCACCAUGGAGCACGUCGGAGGACCAGAGCAGCCCAACCAUAUUUGUGACUGGGAGGGCUGCGCUAGGGAGAAAAAACCCUUUAAAGCCAAAUACAAACUCAUAAACCACAUCAGAGUGCACACAGGCGAAAGGCCGUUUCUAUGCCCGUUUCCUGGGUGUGAGAAAGUGUUUGCAAGAGCUGAAAACCUGAAGAUACAUAAAAGAAUCCACACAGGGGAGAAGCCGUUCGUGUGUGAAUUCGCUGGGUGUGCCAGGAGGUUCGCCAACAGCAGCGACAGGAAGAAGCACACCCACGUGCACUCGAGCGACAAGCCGUAUCGCUGCAAAGUCAAAGGGUGCGACAAAUCCUACACCCACCCCAGCUCCCUGCGCAAACACCUGAAAACGCACCGCAGCCUGGAGCCAGCCACCGCCACCGCCACGCCCCGGGCGGCCGGAGGGCCCACGGGGCCGCAGGAGCCGGGGGCUGGCGCCUGCCAGUCGUUAGCCAGCCCUGCCGCUUGUCUAGCCAGAUGUGCGAGUUUUGUAUCGAUGUUUGACACGCGGUUUGAAAUAAAUCACCGAAUGUGCUCGGGCACGUCUGGUCACAGGGAGAUGUAG